GGCGGCACGGCCAGUCUCGGGCGUCGCCUGCCGCUGCUGCUGUCGCCGGCACUGCCGCUCCUGGCAGGUCCUGCGCCGGGCGGCGGCGGCAGCAGCAGCUGCUGAGCCCAGCCUGGCAGCGCCCGAGGCGCGAGCGGCGGCGAACAAAGGCCCGGCCGGAGCGAGCGCGCAGGGACUCCAUCCCCGGCUGCCGGCGCUCCUCCCCUCCCCGGGCCAGCCCCCUCCUCCCCUCCCCUCCCUCCCCGGCGCUGAAAUAGGAGCCCGGACGCGGCGCGGGGAGACUCGGUGCUCCAGUGCGACGGGCCGGCGGAGCCAGCGGCGCGCAGCGAGGGACAGAGAGAGAGAGAGACCCCCGCAGUGGGCGCGCCCCGUCGGCGCCGCCAGCAGGACAGCUGCUGUCAUGGAGACCUGUAACCGCAACGUGGCGCGUCCAGCCUGCCGGGUGCAAACACGGAUCCAGAGCAGCCUUCUGGACCUGACGGAGACGGGCCGAGGCCUGAAGGUGCAGGCGGAGAAGCCCCACCUGGUGAGCCUGGGCAGCGGCCGCCUCAGCACGGCCAUCACUCUCCUGCCUCUGGAAGAAGGCAAAACGGUGCUGGGCUCCGCCACGGGGGACAUUGUGCUCCAGGGCUCUGGGGUGGAAGCCAAGCACUGCUUCAUUGAGAACUCCCACGGGACCCUCACGCUGCACCCCUGCGGCAACCCCUGUGCCAUAGACGGCCUGGCAGUCACACACCCCACGCGCCUCUCCCAAGGAUGCAUGAUCUGCCUGGGCCAGUCGACGUUCCUUCGGUUCAACCACCCGGCGGAGGCCAAGUGGAUGAAGAGCAUGGUUCCCGGAGGGGGCCGGAGCCCUGCAGCCCAGCACGAACCCAGGCCAGAGUCGCAGCGCCUGGUGAAUGGCAACCAGGAGCCCGCCCAGCCCUCCCGCCACCGGCACAGCGCCCUCGUCAGCUCCAUCGAGCGGGACUUGCAGGACAUUAUGGACUCCCUGGUGCUGGAGGAAGAAGGCAGCCCUGCCAAGCACCUGCCCGGCAGCGCCACCUCCCCGCUCUCCUCCUCCUCCUCCUCCUCCCCCCUGGUCAACGGCAGGGGCGGGCGCUGCCUCCUCUCCCCGCCCCAGAGCCCUGGCGCCAUGUCUGUGGGCUCCAGCUACGAGAACACCUCGCCCCCCUUCUCCCCGCUCUCGUCUCCCGCCAGCAGCAGCAGCUGCAUGAGCCACUCGCCCGGCAGCCAGGAUCCGGCCCCUGCCCUGCCUCCAGUGGUGCCCGUCCGCUCUUCCAGCUACAACCAUGCCCUGUUGACGGCGCCCCCCGGCGGGCCUGGCGCGGAGCCCUGCGGCAGCCCUGGGGGCUUGAGCCCCGCGCGGGGGCCCGGGAGCCCGAGGACGGCACGGCGAGCGGUGCGGGACAGCCCCCCGCCCAGUCGCAGGGCUCGGCCUCCGGCGGAGAGUCCCCGUUCCGGCCAGCGGGGCUCCCCGCCGCCUCUGCUGCCCGGCGGCCUCGGCGAGGCUGUGGCUGGGAGCCCCCAGGGGCUGCACCCGGGCAGUCCAUGCUCCACCCCCAAGUGCCAGCCUGCCUCGGCGCGGCGGGCCAAGGGGACAGCUCUGCAGGAGAGGCCCCCCAGCCCCUUCCGGGAGGGCAGGGACGUGCCCGCCAGCCCCUCCCGCCAAGGGACGGCGAAAGGCUUCCAGGCCGCAGAAGGGGCUGGGGCGGCGCCUGGCCGGGCACUGCAGCCCCCCGAGAGCCCCCGCCUAGGCAGGCGGACUCUGCCUCCCCCCAGCCCGGUCCUCUCCCGCCGCGCGGCGGCCGGAUCUCCCCAGGCCAAAGCCUCCGAGAGCCCCUGUGCCUGGCGGAGGGAGCCCCCCGAGGACCCUCCUGCCCCCGGGGCGGCCUCCUGCCUGCGGAGGGGCCGCAGCCCUUCGCCCACCCUGCUCCUGGGAGAAGCGGCCCGGCGCAGGCCCGGCUGUGGAACAGGCCUGAGCCCCGCCUACAGCCUGGGCUGCCUCAGCCUGCCCUCCGCCUCGCCCCACCAGAGCCCCCGGCUGCGCCGCAAGCUCUCCGGGGACCUGCCGCUGCCGGGGCCCCUGCGGGAGCGCAAGCAGAGCAUCUCGGAGCUGGGCGGCGACCAGGGGGGCCUGCUGGAGUACCACCGGCGGCAGCACCAGGAGCGGCUGCGGGAGCAGGAGAUGGAGCGGCUGGAGCGCCAGCGGCUGGAGACCAUCCUGAGCCUGUGUGCCGAGUACACACACAGCGAUGGCGCGGGGGGCUCAGAGCACCCCACCUUCCCCAGCGGGGCCGAAGACGGGGCUGCCUUGGCCGGCAGGAGGCCCUCCAGGGGCCCUUCCGGCCUGGAGCCCUCGGAAGAGGAGCACCUGCAGGAGGAGAGCAGCAGCACGGAGAGUGCCGGCCACGAGCACGAGGAGCCGCCCAGCGCCAAAGCGGCCCAGCUGGAGGAGGAGCGCGCCUUCGCCCUGGCCACCAUCGACCAGCUCAAGGGCCGCGCCCAAGAGCUGGAGCAGCAGCUGCAGGAGACCGCCCAGGAGGCGGAGAUGGAGAGGGCCCUCCUGCAGGGGGAGCGGGAGGCCGAGCUGGCCCAGCUGCAGCAGGAGCAGAAGAGGGCGCAGCAGCUGCAGGAGCAGCUCUCUGGCCUGGACGCCUCCAUCCGCCGCGACCGGGAGAAGGAGAGAGCAAAGGUUGAUGCUGAAAGGAAGGAGCUGGAGCGGCUGCAGGUGCUGUACUCUGAGCUCCAGAGCCAGCUUGAGAACUGCCCUGAGUCAAUGCGGGAGCAGGUGCAGGAGCAGGUGCAAAGGGAGGCGGAGGCCCUGGAGGUGGAGGCCAAGCUCUUCGAGGACCUGGAGUUCCAGCAGCUGGAGCAGGAGAGCCGCCUGGAGGAGGAGCAGGAGCUGCUCAGCCAGCAGCUGAUGCGCAGCCAAGCCGAGAGCCGCUGCAGCCUGGCCCGCAGGAAGGAGCGCGUGGCAGCCUUGGAGAGCCAGGCCGGCCAGAUCCGGCUGCAGGCGGCCCAGGAGGUGGAGCGGCUGAGCAGAGAGAAGAGCGCCACCCUGCUGCUGCUGCAGAAGGAGAAGGAGGCCCUCCUGAUGCUCGAGAGACGGUACUGCGCGCUCACAGGUGCCCCCGGCUUCCCCAAGGCCUCCACAGCCUUCCGAGAGGAGUCGCUUCCUUUCUCUGGGCUGGAGUGGGGAGCUGACGUGGCCGGCAGCCCCCCCCUCCCCGCAGCCCCCUCCUCCCUGCAGCUGAGCCCAGAGACGCUGGAGUACGUGACAACUGACCAGCUGGCAGCGAUCCUGGGCAGCGUCAGGGCGGCCGUAGGGCUCGCCCCCCCGCCCAGCUCCCCCACUGCGGACCCAGCUGCUCCUGCCCUGCCGGGGCGGCUCUUCUCCUCGGCCAGUUGCACCCAGGUCUAUCGCUCCAAGAUGGACAGCUGUCCUGGCAGCCUGCCUGGGGCGAAAGGCAGCCGCGCCUCCUCCCAGCCCAGCAGGGCCGCCCUCGGGCACAGCCCCCCACCCAAGAAGGUGCUGCCCCCGGCAAGUGGCACCGGCAGCCUCCCACGCCAGCUGGCCAGCACCCUCCAGGACAUUGAGAGCAAGCGCCAGCAGGCCCUCCAGCAGAAAGGGCAGCAGGUGAUAGAGGAGCAGCGGCGGCGGCUGGCGGAACUGAAGCAGAAGGCAGCCGCCGAGGCGCAGUCCCAGUGGGAGGCCCUCCACGCGCAGCCCCCCCUCCUCUCCCCGCCCUCGCGCUCCCCCCUCAUGCCCCACUCCAUCCUCCAUCCUCACCCCCCGGGGGGCUUGGGCCUGCGUGCCCACCCCCACGAGCAGGAGCAGCACCCCUACGACACCCUCAGCCUGGAGAGCUCCGACAGCUUCGACACCAACCUCUCCGCCAGCGGCAACUCCGCCUGCUCGCCCGACAACGUCUCCAGCACCAGUGGGGCCGACGCAGGGAAGAUCGAGGAGAUGGAGAAGAUGCUGAAGGAGGCGCAUGCGGAAAAGUCCCGCCUGAUGGAGUCGCGGGAGCAGGAGAUGGAGCGGCGGCAGCAGGCCCUGGAGGAGGAGCGGCGGCGGCGGGAGCAGCUGGAGCGGCGGCUGCAGGAUGAGACCGCCCGGCGGCAGAAGCUCAUCGAGAAGGAGGUCCGGAUGCGAGAGAAGCAGUUUGCCCAGGCACGGCCCCUGACCCGCUACCUGCCCAUCCGCAAAGAGGACUUUGACCUGCGCUCGCACAUCGAGUCCUCCGGCCACUGCGUGGACACCUGCAGCCACGUCCUCCUGUCGGAGAAGAUGUGCAAGGGCUACCUGGUCAAGAUGGGCGGCAAGGUCAAGUCCUGGAAGAAGCGCUGGUUCGUCUUUGACCGCCUGCGCCGCACCUUCUCCUACUACGUGGACAAGCACGAGACGAAACUCAAGGGCCUCAUCUACUUCCAGGCUAUCGAGGAGGUUUACUUCGACCACCUGCGGAGCGCGGCCAAGAAGGGAUUCUUCUCUCUCAGCCUGGCCAGUCACCUAGCAGACUUUCUCCCUGCUCCCUUCAGCAGAGAGAGUCCCAACCCAGCGCUCACCUUCUGCGUCAAGACCCACGACCGGCUCUACUACAUGGUGGCCCCCUCGGCCGAGGCCAUGCGCAUCUGGAUGGACGUCAUUGUGACGGGCGCCGAGGGCUACACCCAGUUCCUGAACUGAGCCGCCCAGGGGCCCGGACUGCGGCUGCUGCUGGCUGGCUGGGGGCCGGGGCGGGGCGGGGGGAGGCCGCCUCGGUGGGGCUGGCGAUGCCAAAGACGCCCCCAGUCUCCACACACUCUCUUCCUCCAGCUGCUGCUGCUGGCGGGGGGGGGGAGGCAGGGGCUGGGUGCCCCCCCACCUCUGCACCAGACACGGGCCCCGCUCCUGCAAGCCUCCCUCCUGGGGGGCCCGUUGCUGGCACUCCGUCGUCACCCACCACCAUGUGCCUUGUGUGGGGCGGGGGGGGGCAGAGCGGCCCCAGGGAACGGGGGCUCCAGCCGUGCAUGGCGUACGCUGAAGAGCGGGAGGCGGAGGAGAGAAUAAACAAGCCUUUUACGUAA